AUGAACAGAAACACGGAGAGAGCCGCAUGGCGGAGCCCCAGUCCUGAGGACGAGGCCUUCCAUUUGGGGCAGAAGCGCAAACUGCUACAGGUCAGAGAGAAAGAAGACACGGCUCUGCAGCGGAGGCCGGAUGCCAGGCUGGGCAGGAACGGCCAGCUCCAGUGCUGGGCCGAGGAGCUGAGGGCCACGUGGCGGGAGGCUCAGCACCGGCACGCGCAUCUGUUGGCUGUGGGGGGACGACGCGAGAAGGACAGAGAGCCUGACCAGGACGAGCCCCCACAGCAGGGAGCAGCGAGGUCCCUGAGGGCCAAGGAGAGGCACAGAGCAGCCCUCAGAGAAGAGAAGAGCCACAAGGAAGCGCCGGGCUGGCCCGCCUGGCACCCCAGGUCCUGGAGGGUGGUGGUGGGCGCGGAGAAGCAGGGAGCCACAAAAGCCCCGGGCCAGGUGCGCCCUCCCCCGACCCCCCCUGAGAAGAGCCAGGGAAAGCGAGUGCCUUGGACCAAGACCCGGGGUGGCCGCCGUCCUGUCAGCUCUCGGUGGAACAGAAGGAUGGACGCGCUCUUGGCCCCUGCGGGGGAGAUCAAGCGUGUGGAGAAAAAAGAGAAAGAAACCGCCCAGGAGGGCAGGAAGCAGCAGGAGAAGGGCACGGCCCGCUUGGUCCGAGGCUUGGCCUGCAGCCCUCGCGACCCGAGUCCGGAGGGCAAACCCAGAGCCGGGGAACAGCGCUGUCCGGCCGACUGCGCCUGCAGAAGGGGGGCCGUGCCCCAGGCCUUGCGGUGCACGGGCAGUGACAAGAGCGAGUGGCAGAAAGCGCUGGAGGUUACCUUCGAAGAGUUGUUCAAUACAAACCGAAAGCUGAAAAACCACCUGAGUUUGCACCUCGAACCGAAGCCCAGGGCGCCCCAGAACCCCGAUGAGGAGCAGGCCGUCUCAGAGUCGCAAGCGUGCGGCAGUGAGCCCCCGGGAGAGCAGAAAGCAGCAGAUGCAGAAGCGAUGCCCGCGGGGGAGGCCAGCAGCCCGGCUGGGGUGGAGGCCCACCGGACGGCAUCCAGAACCGAUUUGGAGAUGUUCCUGAGCAAGAUGGAGAACCGAAAAUACCACCAGGCAGCCAACCCCGAGUUUAGGGAUGAAAGUGAGACACCGUGUCCCGAGGCAGGGAUAUUUAUCGAGGAACAGGACGUGCUCUCGUGCGGCACCCAGUCGGGACGAGAGCCCCCCAGGGCGGCCACGCUGGCGGAGGGGCUCUGGCUCUACCCGCAGGACCAGGCAGGCAGGGCGGGCUCCACGGCCUGUGGGCAGAAGCAGGAGGCGGAGGCGGAGUGGAGGAGGCCGCGGCAGCUGGAACUGCUGGAGCAGCCGGAACACCCGAACAUGAGCUUGGAAAUCCACUACAUGGCCGAGUUGGAGAAGGAGAGGCGGGAGCGGAGAAGAGCCCGCCUGGCCCUCCUCAAGUCCUACCCCUCGCGAGGCUGGGACGCGAACAGAAGGCCUCAGCUCAGCCUCACCGAGGAGGACUGGCACAGUCAGAUGAUCCGUGACCUCCAGCAGCAGAUUUUAGAGCAAAACAAGUUGCACAAGCAGUUUCUUGAAGAAGCCAGGAAGCGCUUGCGAGAGUUUCAGGACGAGUAAGACGAGAGGCCGGCU